AUGUCGAGCCAAGAAGAAGGCCAAGGCGGCCUCCACACUGAAAGCCAUCAAAAUCAUCAGCAGGGACAGCAGCCCGUCCAACAUCAACAUCCAGCACCGAUAGCACCCCUGCAGAGCUCUGACAGCCAGUUCCAAUGUCAGUGGGUAGGGUGCGCUGAUAGAGCGCCCAACGCUGAGACGCUCUAUGAACACGUUUGCGAAAGCCACAUCGGUCGCAAAAGUACCAACAACCUCAAUCUGACUUGUGCCUGGGGUACCUGUCGCGUCACUGUUGUAAAACGCGAUCACAUCACAUCACACAUUCGUGUUCAUGUACCUUUAAAGCCACACCGAUGCGACUUUUGUGGCAAGGCCUUCAAGAGGCCUCAGGAUUUGAAGAAGCACGUUAAGACUCAUGCCGACGACUCAAACCUCGGACAAAACGCUGGGACCAAUGGAGCCAAUCGUGGCCAUCAGAAUGGGCAAAAUGGAGGAUACAAUGCACAGGCUCAGAACAAGAACAUGGUCACUGACUUGCAAACCCUCGCUUCUACAGCGGCAGGAUUCUUUCCUGAGCACCAGCAACCCCUUCACUCGAAUAUGCCUAUGGGAUAUCCUCAGCAACCAGUUCAAAAUGGCUCACAGUAUUCGUAUGCACCCACACAGCAAGCGUCUUACUCCUAUGGCAACGUCUCUUACGCUGUCGACCAUGAAGGAAACAGCCACCCUGUUGAGACUCAUAAGCAAGGUCUCGAGUCCAUCAAGAAUCUGGUAGUAGAUACUCAACGUGGCUCAUUCGAUCCGACCUCUUACUCCCAGAUCGGAGCGCGUCUGUCAGCUAUUCAAGGUAGUCAGCUACCUUUCCUUCCAGGCCAAUCCAUAGGCGAUUACCAAUCUAUCCAGUCUGGGGAUGGGCCGGAAGCAAGUGUCUAUGCACCGACAGCGCAGUAUUCCCUGCCGAUGGUCCCAAAUUUGAGGACUAAGGAUGACCUCUUGAAUGCCGACCAUGUCUUCCAAGCCAUGCAAUCAACUAUCUACGACAACGCCAACAAUGUUGCUGCAGCUGGGCUCGGUCAGCCUGGUGCUCAUUACGUCCAGCGUCAAAGCCACUCCCCCCCGGGAUUGCAACUACCAACUGCACACAAUGCAAGCUUUGCACCCAACAUGCGUGCUUCACCAACGCAUUCCAACCACGAUGCCACCCCUGCCUUGACGCCGCCUUCAAGCGCUGGUUCACAUGACUCAGACCACUCACCACAUUCAGUUCAUAGCAACAGCGGAAUUUCUAGGGCCCCACGUGCUGGCAUGUACCCCACGUUGCCAGGAUCGACCUCAGAUACAGUGUCCCAUCCUUCAAGCAUGGCGCCAACAUCUACACUCCGAUCUCAACCAGAGCAUCAACACCGACAUGGUGGAGGAAGACUCCAGAAAGCUGCUCCUUCUCGUACCCCCAGGCAUGGAGAUGUGAUGGACACUUCGGAUGACAGCCCUAAGAGAGCUUUCUCUAGCUCAUCCUCCGCGGCGAGCCCGGUUUCGAAGCCGGUGACUCGCCGCAACAUCGACUUCUCCUCUUCUAACCUUGAUCCGGCUCUGGGAGGUGUGGCAUCCCCAUCAUCCGGCGAACUGGAUGAGGGAGCAAUCAAAGAUAACGAGGAGUGGGUUGGCAAUGCUCGUACUAUCGAGGCCUUGAGGACGUGGAUCAAGAUGAGACUUGAGAAUCAUGAGUAUGCUAGUAAUGAAGAGGAAGAAACCGCGGUGAAGGAGGAAACACCCAGCUUAUACCCUGUCCUUGCUGGGGUAUAG